CAGUCAGUCCAUGAAAGGCUGUCUGGCCUGCAAGUUCUGUUGAUUAGAUAACCAUUUUCCUCAAUUUUACUAUAGCUCACGAUAUACUGUUAGUAAUGCUAUUAGCUUAAGUUUAAAUUUGAUCUUUAUUUGAUUUUGGGCAUUUUAUUGCAGAACUAUUCAGGCACUGAGUGUGAAAGAGCUACUGAAGAAUAUAAAGCUCAUUGUCUGUGAUAGUCAUGUCGAAAUCAAUUAUUAUCAAAACUGAAAAGGGUCCGAUACGUGGAAAAGAAGUCAUAUCAGAUGAUACCAAAGGAAAAUACUUCAGUUUUCAAGGAAUACCCUACGCUCGUCCUCCUGUUGGACCAUUGAGAUUUAAACCACCUGAAGAUCUCGACUCAUGGACUGAAGUGAAAGAUUGUCAACAAGAAGCAGAUCCAUGCAUCCAACAUCACAUGUAUCUUCGUGACCUGAGAGGUAGUGAAGACUGCUUAUAUUUAAAUGUUUACUCUCCUCAGUUAGAUAUAUGGGGAGCAUCAAAAUUGCCUGUGAUGGUCAGAAUACAUGGAGGUGGAUUUACCACAGGUAGUGCUGGGGUUGAAAUGAAUGGUCCUGACUUCAUUGUCCAAGAAAGGGUUAUUUUAGUCACUAUUGGGUAUAGACUCAAUAUGUUUGGAUUUUUGUGUGUUGAAGAACCUGGUGAUGCUCAAGGAAAUAUGGGCUUAAAAGAUCAAGUUGCUGCUCUAAAAUGGGUUCAAAGAAAUAUUUCCAGUUUUGGUGGAGAUCCAAAGAGAGUUACGAUUGCAGGAGAGAGCGCUGGAGGAGCCAGUGUCCACCUUCAUAUGAUGUCUCCAAUGUCUCAGGGUUUGUUUUCAUCGGCAAUAUCUGAAAGUGGGGUUGCUAUCAAUCCUUGGGCUUUCACAAAUGAAGGACGAUCUCGUGCAUUUCGUCUUGGUGAAAAUCUGGGAUUUAAGGGAAAUAAUGCUACUGAGCUUAUCAGGUUUCUCCAAUCUGUCCCAGCUGAAGAUCUUGUGAGGGCUUCUCAUAAAGCCUUUACUAGAGAGGACAAAGAGUACUAUUGUGUGGUUGCUCCUUUUCCAUUUGUUCCUUCAGUCGAAAUAUCAGAUGGUUCUGUUCAGCCAUUUCUCUCUCAAAAUCCCAUCGAACUACUAAAUGAAGGAAAGUUUUUCAAGGGUCCAUUUAUGGCAGGAGUCAAUAACAGAGAAGGCAUGCUUCUCUUAGCUGCAAUAUUUGGUAAGGACAGAUCAGAGAUGCUGAAGAAGUUUGAUAGCAGAAUUCCCAAGCUAGUUCCAACAGAUUUAUCAUCUCAACGUGGAUCAACAAAGGAAAAAGAAAUUGCAUCCUCAAUGCGCUGGUUUUACAUGAAAAAUAAGCCAGCCUCAGAAGAAAAUCUUGUUGAUUACUUUGAUCUCACAGGUGAUCUAAUGUUUAUUUAUGGUUUCUAUAAAGCAAUGAAAUGUCACUGCAAGUUCACUUCUCCAUAUAUAUAUGAGUUUAGUUAUGAGGGUGUCUUCAAUGUUUUUAAGAAUGUGCUAGGGGAAGAUAGUAUGCCUGGAGCUUGUCAUGCCGAUGAGUUAGGGUAUUUAUUCAAUAUGGAUCUGCUUCCGGAGGCACCAUCUGAUUCACAUGCUUAUGUCAUGCGGAAUAUAAUGGUUAAAUUGUGGACAAAUUUUGUGAAGUUUGGCAACCCAACCCCUCAGAAUGAUAAAUCUUCUGACAUAAGCUGGAUCCCAUCGCAUAGUUCUCAAAUGUCAUUCUUAAAAUUAGGACCAACCAUAGAGAACAAAAGUGGAGUGAUUUCAGAAAAGAGAAUGCUGUUUUGGGAUGAUAUGUACAAGAAAGAGUCCAGUCUUAAAAACAAGCUCUAAUGUUUCAUAAAAGUUAUGUUAAUAUUGCAUUUUGGUUCAAUGAAUUGAAAGCAUGGUUGUUUGGUUUAAUAUUCUGUCUUUUUUACGACUUUGUGCUUUUCUAGUCAAUUGUUGACAUCAUAUCUAUAAAGUGCAAGUUUUAAAGCAGUCAGUAAUCAUUACAAUUUGUAAUCUAUAAUUUUGAUACAAGUCAAUUUAUUAAAUCUUGGAGGCUGGAAGAUUUUUGUAAUAUAAUUAUAAAAUGAUUGCCUUCAUUAUAUGUAUGUCGUUUUUAACAUUCUGGA